AUGAAUGCACGAACAAUUAUUAGUUUAUGCAUAUUCGUCUUUCAACAAUUAUUUUUUGUUAAGAUCGAAGCAAGAGAUGUAUGUUAUUAUCUUAAUACAAAUUCUACAACAAUGACAAUUAAUUGUAAUGAUGGCUGUUGUUCCGCUGUAGCUAUGUCACCUGAUACAGCAUGUUGUUCGACGAUUUCAUGGGGCUCAGUAGCAAUUCCUUUCUUUGUAUUUAUGGGAGUUUGUAUACUUGCUGUUUGUGUUGUAUAUUGUCGACCAGUAUGGAAAGCGUGUUUAUGUGGAUGGAAAUGUCCUUGUAGUAAUCCAGCCCGUGUUUCUACACCAAUUUCUGCAUCAACACAUAAUAAUCCUAUUUAUAUAGUAAAUAAUGAUGAUCUACCUGAUUAUGAAACAAUAAUAAAAGAUGCACCUGUAAAAGACGGAAUUCCACCACCUUAUAAUUUUGUUACAACACAUCCGACUGAUUUUGGUAUUGAAACACGUGUUCCAAGUGCACCGCCACAAUAUCAUUCAAGACGUAGUUCAUCAGCUAUUAUACAAUCUAAUAUUCCGAAUGAUCCUUAA